UUGUGCUCAAGUACAUUGUCUCUCCCGUACAUGGUGAGAUAAAGUGGACUUGGUGAUAAUGUUGAAAUAUUUAUAAGCUAUUUUUGUAUUGCCUUACCAAAUGGUCAAGAAUAAAACCACUUGGAUUUGCAAUUGGACACGUCAGUUGAGCGAUUGUGCAUAAAACGCUGUUGCUGAGGAUAAAUAUUUGUUUUCUUGGACCGUUCAGUGCUCACUGCCAGAAUUAUGGCCACAACGAAGAAACUCGCCGCCUUGCGGAGCCUCAUGAAGAAAAUUCCCUCCACCGGAGAGACCGUCGAUGCAUACAUCAUUCCGACGGAUGACGCUCAUCAGAGUGAAUACAUUUGUGCACACGAUGACAGAAGGAGUUACGUUUCUGGCUUCGAUGGAUCGUCAGGAACGGCUGUGGUGACUGCCAAUGAGGCCUUCCUGUGGACAGAUGGUCGAUACUAUGAUCAGGCCAAUAAGCAAUUGGACUCCAACUGGACGUUGAUGAGAGACGGUCUUCCCACAACCCCGACAAUUGGUGCCUUUCUAGCGAAAUCUCUGGCGAAAGGAUCGAAAGUGGGCGUGGAUCCCAAACUGAUCUCCUUCCGCACCUGGACACCCAUGAAGAAUGAGCUGGAAGCUGCGGACUGUACUCUUCUGCCCGUCAAGGAGAACCUCGUCGAUGCCAUUUGGAGUGAUCAGCCGCCGCAGACGUCAAACCAAACCAUCGUGCAUGAGCUGAAGUUCAGCGGUGAGACUGUCCAGAAGAAGCUGGAGUCCAUUCGUGCGGCUCUCAAGGAGAAGAACGCCGAAGCCGUCGUUGUAACUGCUCUGGAUGAGAUUGCUUAUGCUCUCAAUCUGAGAGGAUCGGAUAUUCCAUACAAUCCUGUAUUCUUCUCUUACCUCAUUAUCACUCUGAACAAGGUCUUCCUCUUCAUCGACCAGAACAAGCUUCCGGCAACUUUUUCAGCUUACGAAAAAGAAAAUGAGGUGAAGAUUGACGUGAAGCCUUACGAUCAAAUUGAGCCAUUCCUGGUGCAGUUGCUGGAGCAGAGCACUGGAAAGUUCUGGAUCUCGCCAACAUCCAGCUUCAGUUUGAAUCACUUGAUUCCAGAGAAGCGCCGCGUUCAGGAGAUAACGCCCAUCGCUCUGCUGAAGGCUGUUAAGAAUCCAGUGGAAGUGGAGGGACUGAAGAAUUGCCAUGUGCGCGACGGUCUGGCGCUGUGUCAGUACUUCGCUUGGCUGAGUGAUGCUGUGGCGAAAGGACAAGCCAUCGAUGAGAUAUCCGGGGCGACCAAAUUGGAGAGUUUCCGUGCGAAGCAGGAUCACUACAUGGGCCUGAGUUUCACGACAAUCAGUUCUUCCGGUCCAAAUGGGGCUGUGAUUCACUAUCAUCCGGCCCAGGAGACCAAUCGUCCUAUCACUAAGGAGGAGAUUUAUCUGUGCGACUCCGGGGCUCAAUACAAGGAUGGAACAACAGACGUCACGAGAACCUGGCAUUUUGGCACGCCCACUGCUCAUCACAAGGACUGCUUCACACGGGUGUUGAAGGGUCAAAUUACCAUUGCGACGGCGAUCUUCCCGCGCAAAGUGAAGGGUCAGAUGCUGGACACUUUGGCCCGGAAGGCGCUCUGGGACGUUGGCUUGGACUACAAGCACGGCACUGGCCAUGGCAUUGGACACUUCCUCAAUGUCCACGAGGGUCCCAUGCAGAUUGGCAUGCGCGUGAUGCCAGAUGAUCCGGGACUUCAGGAGAACAUGUUCGUUUCCAAUGAGCCUGGAUACUACGAGAGCAACAACUUUGGUAUUCGCAUUGAAGAUAUCGUGCAAAUUGUGAAGGCAAACAUUGCACGUGACUUCGAUGGACGAGGAGCGUUGGCUUUUGAGACGGUUACCAUGUGUCCGAUUCACACGAAGAUGAUUGAUGCCGCCAUGCUGACGGAGAAGGAGAGGAAGCAUCUCAAUGAUUACCACAAGUGUGUCUUGGACACCCUUGGGCCGCUCUUGAAGCAGAUCAACGAUGACUUCACUUACAAGUGGCUGGAGAGAGAGACACAGCCAAUCUGAGUUGCUUAUCAGUGACGCGGCAUUUGCGCAAAAUCAAGUAUAACUUUUUAUUAGAAAAUUAUACACAAAUAUAC